GGCGGGCCCCGAGGCCUGGGGCUUUAGGAGGUGAGCGGGCCGCGGGCCGGCCUGACGCUGCUGCAUCGCGGGAGGCGCAUGGCGGGCAUGGGGCUGGCGCGGGCCUGGAAGCAGAUGUCCUGGUUCUACUACCAGUACAUGCUGGUCACGGCGCUCUACAUGCUGGAGCCUUGGGAGAGGACAGUGUUCAACUCGAUGCUGGUCUCUGUGGUGGGGAUGGCGCUGUACACCGGCUAUGUCUUCAUGCCCCAGCACAUCAUGGCCAUACUGCACUACUUUGAGGUUGUGCAGUGACAAAGAUGUGACCAAGAUCCAGAGUCCCUGGGGAAGAUCCACCUUGCCAAGUUGGAAUGAAACCUCAUCAGAUGUAAGAUGCUCUACAAUGUCAACGUGGCCGACCUUAUAGAUACAGAGACUGAAAUUCAUGAGUAGAACAGGAAAAUCAUCCUGACUCAUGUGUUGUGUUCUUUCUUUUUGAUUUUAAAAGAGGCUCUUAUACAGUAGCUUUUGUCUAUUUUAACAUUGUAGUCGUUUGUACUUUGAUAUCAGUAUUUUCUUAACCUUUGUGACUGUUUCAAUAUUAUCCAGUGGAAGCUUUUCUUACUGUAACUUUGAGUACAUCUUAAUUGCCUUCUAUUUUUAAAACCCAAGGUCAUUAGUUGGGCUUUACUGUUCUUGCUAUUGUAUGGCAUAUACAUCUGCCUGGAUAUAUUUCUACUCUUGACCAAAGUUUUGUAAGAAACAAUACAGAAUUUAGGGACGGGAGGGAGGAUACUUUGAGAACUACUUACAAAAGAUUUAUCUGCAAGCUUGAACUCAGGAGUAUGGUUUCAGCUCCCUAGACUCUUAACAGCACUUGCUCUAAAACUAUUGAAGUGUUUUUUAGUAAUGACAAAGUAAAGAUCUUGCUAAAAUUAAUACAAGGAACAUUUCACCUUUUAGAUAUUUAAUUCUUAUGUGGACUUAUUUCCAACCAACUUUGAUGAUUCUCGUGCUUAGAUAGUACUGGAGAGCUUUUCCAUAGAAGGCGAUAUUGAUGGUGUAUUCGUUUAAGAGUUAAUUUGAUGAUUGUAACAGGUGCUUUGAAAUGCAUUUGCACAUUGUGACAAGAUGCAAUGAGAUGAAUUGUUCAGAACCAUAGCCAAAAGAAAUGUAAACUUGCUUAAAAAUCCUUUCACUCUUUGUAUUUUUUUAAAAAGGUUUUUAUUCCUUAGAUGUAAAAUGACUACUUAAUUUUUUUUUGAUGUAAACUCAUUAAAUCAAAAAAAUUUA